AUGGACUCAUUUUCCUACACGGGAAGAGGUUACCGUAGCAGUCAAAACAAUGAUUUUCCCCAGAAAAGAGGAAGAGGCGGUUUCACUCUGCCCUAUCGUGGCUCGGGAGUUGCUCCCGAGCAUCUUUCAGCUGUGCCUGUAUCAAUGGCCCAGCACGAGACUUCUGAUACUGGACCCUCCCAUCGGUUCUCUUUAGAGUUCAGAGCCAAUCUCGAGACCGUCGCAUCUGCCGGUCAGACAUGGCACGGGCGUUGCAUCCAGACCCUGAGAAUGGCGCUGCUGACUGUCGCAGCCGUCCGGGUCCUAAUACCCUCCAAGCUUAACUCGGCCGGCCGGCUAGGCAUCGAAUCAUUUUGCCGUUCGGCAACGCGUGGAUCAUACGCAGACCUUGAGUCGAGUGGUUCAGACGGGCGAUCCAGACUUUUUGCGACUCAUCGCUAUGGGCCUUUCUUCUUUGUCGUUAGAUGGGAGAUGCCGUUUUGGCAUUGGUCCGGCGGCCACGUUGAAGCUUUGAGCGGUACUAUACGAGGUGGUAUUGGCGCCUUGACGAAGAGGUCAAAGUCCAUCUCCCAUCGAAGCCGGGCACUUUUCACAGAUGGCGAUUUGUUCUUGCAACAGUCCUUCAGCCAGCAGCACGUAAGCGGUUCAUCAAUUCCCUGCGGCUGGCGUGUGAGAGAUGGUUUGGGACAGAUGAGCACCGAUCCCCUGGCGGUCCCUCCUCUGUCACUAACAGCAUUCAAUGGCAACCAACGUUGGGCGAGUUUUACUGAGCAGAAAGCCGCGAGAGUUUUGGGGGACAUAGAAUUAAGCUCGCAGAGACGCGUCGAUGAGACGGCGUUGUCUGUGUGGAAGUCGCAAUGGCAGGACUCAGCCAAGCGUAGCGGCAACUGUAAAUCUUACCUUAUUCGGAAGCUUAUUGGAAAUGAGGACCGAAAGAGGAAAAGAUAA